CAGAGACAAAUGAGAGCGGCCCUUUAUCAGCAACCUUCCCUUUCCUUCAUUUCCUCCCGUUGCCCCUCUCUGUUCGUCACUUCCUUUGAUGGUCUCUGCCUCUCACUCAUGGCUGUGGAGCUCAUGCUGGGCUGCUACCGACCCGAGUCCUUCACGGCCAAGAUCGAAGAGACCGCCGUCAAGGAGGCCGCUUCCGGCCUCGAGAGCGUAGGCGAGCUGAUCACGCUCCUCUCCUCCCAGUCCCAGCAGCAGACCCACGCCGUCCUCGACUCCUCCGCUCCCGCCUCCAAGUCCCCCACCGACAUCGAGACGGACUGCCGGGCCGUGGCCGAUGCUGCUGUCUCCAAGUUCAAGAAGGUCAUUUCCCUUCUCGGCCGCACUCGGACCGGCCACGCCCGCUUCAGGCGGGGCCCCAUCGCCGCCGCGAACAAGGGUUUAAAUUCAAUCACGGAAGCUACUAAUAAGGUAAUUUACUACGCGACUCCGAUCCAGCAGUUUCCCCCGGCAGCCCCACCGCCGCAGCCACCGAGAAACGCCAUGGCUUCCGAGCGAAGGGACCCGUCAUGCACCACCACAACUAUAAACUUCUCCUCAUAUGGGUCGGGUCCUGCGGGAUCGUUCCUGACCGGCGGGGAGCCCGACCGCAAGGGGGUCUCACUCUCCACCAGUUCAGGCUUCCAGAUAACGGACCUGUCGAGGAGCCAGGUCUCGUCGUCAGUGGGAAGGCCGCUGCUGUCGUCGUCCGCAUCGCUGAAGAGGAAGUGCAGCUCUGAGACACUGGGCUCCGGCAGCAGGUGCGGUGGCUCGGCCUCCGGCCGGUGCCAUUGCUCCAAGAAGAGAAAGAUGAGGCUGAAGCGGAUCGUAAGGGUACCGGCGAUUAGCUUAAAGAUGGCCGAUAUUCCACCGGACGAGUACUCGUGGCGAAAGUAUGGACAGAAACCUAUCAAGGGGUCUCCUCACCCAAGGGGCUAUUACAAAUGCAGUAGCGUGAGAGGAUGCCCGGCGAGGAAACAUGUGGAGCGAGCGCUGGAUGACCCAUCAAUGCUCGUCGUGACCUAUGAGGGAGAGCACAACCACUCUCUCGCCGUGGCUGAUUCGGCCAACCUCAUACUCGAGUCCUCUUGAUCAAACGCAAUGACUUGUUCGAGACCAGUGGGCGGUUUGGAUUGGCUGCAGAUCUGAGGGUGGAACCGGUUGAUCGCAGUUUCGUGAUUUCAAUGAACCCCGAAGACGAACAAAUGGACCUGACCAGGUUCAUCUCGAAGGAGAUUCUGGGUGGGUUGGUUUUGUUUCUUGUACAAAUGUUAACGCAUGGACUGAAGCAAGAAAGAGUUGCAAUUGAUUUUCUUGAACCCAAUUAUAUGUUACGAUCAGAAGACAAGCUAGCUGGAAGAGUUGCAAUUGAUUUCUUGAACCUAAUUAUAUGUUAUGAUCAGAAGACAAGCUAGCUAGAUUA